AUGGCGGUUUCCGGCUCUGUGGAUAGUCCCGUCAAGCAGCAGCUUGUGGACAAGCUGCCAAAGCGAUUCAAGGGUAUUAAAUUUGGUAUCCAAUCCAAUCAAGAUAUUGCCAAUCAAGCUGUUCUUGAAGUUUCCGACCGCCUACUAUAUGACAUCGAGAACAAUCGCGCUCCAUAUCGCCACGGCCCUCUGGACUCUCGACUGGGCACUUCCAGCAAGCAAGGAAGAUGUUCGACCUGCCAAGAAUCUCUCAAAGACUGCAAUGGGCAUUUCGGUCAUGUUCGUCUGCCUCUGCCUGCAUUCCAUGUUGGAUAUCUUCGUUUCAUCAUGUCGAUUCUGCAAGAAAUUUGCAAGGAUUGCGGCCGGGUUUUGCUUGAUGAACCGGACCGACAACAGUUUCUAAAGGACCUACGACGACCAUUCCUAGACAAUUUACGACGGACCCAAAUAUGCAAGAGGAUCAACGAGCAAUGUCGAAAAGUCAAGACCUGUCCUUAUUGCGGCUCUCUCAAUGGCCAGAUUAGAAAGAUCGGUGUUCUCAAGCUGGCUCAUGAUAAGUUUGUUGCAUACAACAAAUCAACCUCGAUCAAGAAGACACCGCCGGAAAGCAAGAUCAAGUUUGAUAACUCGUUCAAUGAGGCGAAACGCGAAAACCCCGAGCUCGAUAAGCAUUUACGCAAAGCGAUGGAGGAUUUGAACCCGCUCAGAGUCCUCAAUCUCUUCAAAAUGAUUAGUCCUACAGAUUGUGAGCUUCUGGGACUCGAUCCGGCCGAGGGAAGACCCGAGAUGUUUAUCUGGCAGUUCCUGCCUGCUCCUCCUGUCUGUAUUAGGCCAUCUGUCGCCCAAGACAAUGCCAGCAAUGAGGACGACAUCACCACCAAGUUGGCCGAUAUCGUUUGGGUUAGUGGAAUGAUCCGCUCUGCUUUGCAAAAAGGAUCUCCAGUCCAGACCAUUAUGGAGCAAUGGGAAUAUCUGCAGACCCAGAUAGCCAUGUAUGUCAACAGUGAUGUUCCUGGCCUUCAGCAGCCGGGUUUUGGCAAAACCACAAGAGGUUUCUGUCAACGUUUGAAAGGCAAGCAGGGUCGUUUCCGUGGUAAUCUCUCCGGAAAAAGAGUCGACUUUUCCGGAAGAACUGUCAUCUCCCCAGACCCUAACCUUGGUAUCGAUCAGGUCGCUGUUCCUGAGUUGGUUGCGAAGAACCUGACCUAUCCUGAAAGGGUACAAAGACACAACAUUGAAAAACUGCGCCAAUGUGUCAAAAAUGGACCAGACGUCUGGCCUGGAGCCCAGCGUGUCAUCAAGUCAGACGAAGGAGGCUAUCUGCAGUCUCUGAAGUUCGGCAACAGGGAGUAUAUAGCUCGGGAUCUCAAGUUUGGUGACAUUGUCGAGCGACAUCUUGAAGAUAACGACAUUGUCCUUUUCAACCGCCAACCUUCCCUCCACAAACUCAGUAUCAUGAGUCAUCUAGCCAAAGUCCGUCCUUGGAGGACCUUUAGGCUGAAUGAAUGUGUCUGUGGCCCUUACAAUGCUGACUUCGAUGGAGACGAGAUGAAUCUUCAUGUCCCACAAACUGAGGAGGCUCGUGCUGAGGCCAUCAAUUUGAUGGGUAUCAAACACAACCUUGCCACCCCCAAGAACGGCGAACCUGUGAUUGCUGCGACACAAGAUUUUAUCACUGCAGCGUAUUUAUUGAGCGGCAAAGAUCGAUUUUUCGAUCGCAAGACAUUCACUUAUCUCUGCAUGCACAUGAUGGACGGCAAAACACAUCUGGACUUACCACCUCCUGCUAUCAUUGCACCGCAGUCUCUCUGGACAGGGAAGCAGCUAUUCGGUAUGUUGAUGCGGCCCAAUAAAGAUUCGCCAGUCAAGGUGAAUCUUGAUGCCAAGUGCAAGACGUACAAGGCCCGGCCUGGUCAAUGUCCUGAUAUGGACCCCAACGAUGGCUGGCUAGUGGUCCGGAACUCAGAAGUCAUGUGCGGUCGCAUGGAUAAGUCCACCGUUGGAGAUGGCAAGAAAGACUCGAUCUUCUAUGUUAUUCUACGAGAUUUUGGGCCAGACGAGGCUGUGACGGCCAUGAACAGGCUCGCUAAACUUUGUGCACGCCAACUAACAAAUCAUGGCUUCUCAAUUGGUAUCGGAGACGUGUUUCCUCCCGAAUCGCUCAUCCAGGAGAAAGAAAGGCUCGCUGCAGCUGCCUACAAGCAAUGCGAUGACUUAAUUGAGACGUUCAAGGCCGGAAAGCUCGAGAAGGCUGCCGGUUGCAACCAGGAACAGUCCCUGGAGAACUUUAUGUCCGGUAUCCUCAGCAAGGUUCGACAACAGGCAGGAUCGUACUGUGUCGAAACCUUGAGUCGCAAUAACGCUCCGCUUGUCAUGGCUAAAUCUGGAUCGAAGGGUUCGGACCUCAACGUAGCUCAAAUGGUUGCCCUUGUUGGACAGCAAAUUAUCGGCGGCGCUCGUGUGGCGGAUGGGUUUCAGGACCGAACGCUUCCCCAUUUCCACAAGAACGCUCGACAGCCCCCCUCCAAAGGCUUUGUCAAGAAUAGUUUCUACAGUGGCCUUUCACCAACCGAAUUUAUAUUUCACGCUAUGUCAGGCCGUGAAGGUCUAGUUGAUACUGCUGUCAAAACAGCCGAGACCGGUUAUAUGUCUCGACGACUAAUGAAGUCGCUUGAAGAUUUGUCAACCCAAUAUGACGACACGGUCCGAACGUCCGGGGGCGGCAUUGUCCAGUUUCAAUUCGGCGCGGACAAACUCGAUCCUGUCGAUAUGGAAGGUUCAGCAGCGCCAGUCCAUUUCGAACGAACCUGGACCCAUGCACAAAGUUUGACGGUCGAUAACACCGAGACCUCUAUGACGCCAGACGAAAUCAGAUCCUUUUGCGACUCAAAAUUGGAGCACGAACGACGGCGUUAUGUCAGAAAGGGACUUCUGGGCGGCGAAGUACUGGACUACGAAGAUACUAGUGAUUAUGGAAUUGACGAACACGAGGGCGCAAGAGGGUUUCUCAAAGCCAUCGAGCGUCAUGUUGAAGCUCUGGCGUCGAAAUUGGAAAGAGUAAGAAAGCUUGCCGGGUUUGAGGGCGACAGAAUGAUUAGGCCUACCGCCCAAGACCAUGCCGACCGAACCGCCAAAGUCACGUUGUCAACUCUCCAACUCUUCAUUAAAUUGUGUCUGGAGAAGUACAAAAAGGCGCAUGUUGAACCUGGACAUGCUGUUGGAGCCGUUGGAGCUCACUCUAUUGGUGAACCAGGUACUCAAAUGACAUUGAAGACUUUCCAUUUUGCUGGCGUUGCUGGUAUGAGUAUAACACAAGGUGUUCCCCGAAUCAAGGAAAUCAUCAACGCAUCCAAAGCUAUCAGUACACCGGUCAUCACAUGUCCCUUGGAGAACAAUGAGCAGAUUGAAGCGGCAAGGGUGGUUAAGGGGCGAAUUGAGAAGACGUACAUUUCAGACAUUCUACGAUUUGUUGAAGACGAAUGGCGCACUACAGAAGGCAAUGUCGUCCUGCAGAUUGACCCAACUGCGCUCUCCGACAUGCAUCUUGGUAUCGGUCCUUACGAUAUCGCUGAGGCUAUAUGCAAACAACGCAAGCUCAAGGUGCAAAGGGAUGAUCUUUCAAUCGAUGGAGACAGAAUUAUCGUUCGAGUACGUGAUAUUAGCGACCCGGCAGCAAAAAGGACAGCUACACGAAGCAAAGCUGCUGCUGCUGAGAGCGGAGACAUGUUGCUUAGGGCUAAUUUCCUUCGUCGCGCACUACCUAAUGUGCCUAUAUCCGGUUAUUCUGAAGCGACUCGUGCAAUCAUUCAGACUUCAGAACAAAACACCCAUACUGUUCUCGUGGAGGGUUAUGGCCUUCGGGAAUGUAUGACUACGGAGGGUGUAAUUGGAACCAAGGCAAGCUCCAAUAACGUCAUGGAAUGCAGGGACGUACUUGGUAUCGAAGCUGCACGAACAACAAUCGCUGUCGAGAUUGGAUCAGUCAUGGGUGACAUGAAUAUUGACCCCCGUCAUAUGCAACUUCUUGCCGACGUGAUGACCUACAAGGGUGAGGUUCUUGGCAUCACACGUUUUGGUUUGUCCAAAAUGCGCGAUAGCGUUCUGCAACUGGCUUCGUUCGAAAAGACCCCAGAUCAUCUUUUCGAGGCUGCGGCCGGAAUGAAGACAGACCAGAUCGAGGGUGUCAGUGAGUGUAUCAUUAUGGGCCAAACAAUGUCUGUCGGCACUGGGGCAUUCCAAGUCGUUCGCCGUUUAGGCAUUCGGGAUAGCGAAGUAAAAAAGAAGUUAACUCUAUUUGAGGAUUGUUGGGCAGAGGAGAUUGACUUGAAGCGAAAGGCUUAUCGCAAGGGAUAA